AAAACGAGGUUUCCAAGAAUUAUGUGGUCUAAAUGAGAAUACUAAAGAAAAUAGGGACAGAUUAAAUCAAAAUGCGCGCAGCAAUUUUCAGAAUUUAUUUUCUCGAAAUUGAAAAUCUUCUGACCCUUUUCAAUUUACUUGCACCAAUUUUUGCCAAAAAAUAAAUAAAUUUCAAUCUUUAUUUGUAUGCAAUCAAACGUUGCUCCUCCCAGAACCUUCCACCAGCUGCUGGCAAGCAAGCAAAACAUUUUUUGCCAAUUUACGGUGAAUUUGAUGUUAAUUUAUGAAGCUUAAGAUUUAUUGCCGCCGUUCGUAGAGAAAUUUGAUUAUAGCUUUUUCCGUUAGAGAUAAAGAAAAUGGAGGCGAGCAGCAGUAGUGUGCUAGUGAAUUCGAACUUAGAGCCUAGGGAUGAUCUUGAAUUCGAUACACACGAAGCAGCAUAUGCAUAUUACAAAGAAUACGCGAAAUCUGUAGGGUUUGGUACAGCCAAAUUGAGCAGUCGUCGCUCAAGGGCUUCAAAAGAAUUCAUUGAUGCCAAAUUCUCGUGCAUUAGGUAUGGGAAUAAGCAACAAUCAGAUGAUGCUAUUAAUCCGAGGCCUUCGCCUAAGAUAGGGUGUAAAGCUAGCAUGCACGUGAAGCGUAGGCUUAGUGGGAAGUGGUAUAUUCAUAGCUUUGUGAAGGAGCAUAAUCACGAGCUUUUACCAGCUCAAGCGCACUUUUUUAGAAGUCAUAGGAUUGCUGAUUCUGUUAACAACGAUACUAAAGUGAGGAAGAAGAAAGUCCCUGCUUCUGUGUUGAAACGGUAUGGGGCUUAUCAGUUCGUGGGGUCUUGUAUGGAGAAUGUGAUCCGGAAUCAGCAUGAUAGAGGGCGAUUUUUGAGUUUGGAAGAAGGCAGUGCUCAGGUUUUACUUGAAUUUUGUUCACACAUGCAUGAAGAGAAUCCGAAGUUUUUCUAUGCGUUGGACUUCAAUGAAGAGCAUCGGCUGAGAAAUGUGUUUUGGGUUGACGCCAAAGGUGUGGAGGAUUUCACGCACUUUGGUGAUGUGGUCUCACUUGACAUAACCUAUUUCACAAGCAAGUAUAGAGUUCCUUUGGUUCUUUUUGUCGGAGUGAACCAUCACAUUCAGCCCACGUUGCUUGGUUGUGGAUUGAUAGCAGAUGAGACAUUAUAUACGUUUAUUUGGUUGAUGCAAUCAUGGGGUUUGGCAAUGAGGGGACGAAGCCCUAAAGUGCUACUCACCGACCAAAACGAGGCUAUCAAAGCUGCUGUUCCCAUGGUCUUUCCAGAAACUCAUCAUUAUUUUCAUUUGUGGCACAUUCUGGAAAGGUUACCGAGAAGGCUUGAGUACCGUAACGCCUGGCAUGAAUCUUUCACGGGAAAGCUGAAUAAAUGCUUAUAUAGAUCGUGGAAUGAAGAAAAAUUUGAAAAAAGAUGGUGGAAAUUGACUGAAAGAUUCAAUGUUCAAGAAGAUGAAUGGUUUCAGUCCUUAUAUGAAGAUCGGAAACUCUGGGUGCCUGCAUUUACAAAGGAUAUUUCUUUUGCCGGGCUGUCAGCAGCAUCGAGGUCUGAAAGCUUGAACUCGUUCUUUGAUAGGUACAUCAGUGGGGAAACUUCUUUGAGAGAUUUUAUAGGGAAAUAUGAAUCGAUUCUUGAAGACAGAUAUGAAGAGGAGGCUAAAGCAAAUUUUGAUGCAUGGCAUGAAACGCCAGAGCUGAAGUCACCUUCGCCUUUUGAGAAACAAAUGCUGCUUGUUUAUAGUCAUGAGAUAUUCCGGAAAUUUCAAAUGGAAGUUCUAGGAGCAGCGGCUUGCCAUCUGAAAAAAGAAAAUGAAGAUGGUCCGACUAUAAUAUAUGGAGUGAAAGACUUCGAAAAUAAUCUAGAUUAUUUGGUGGAAUGGAAUGAACUCAAAUCUGAUAUAUACUGUUCUUGUCGUUCAUUUCAAUAUAAAGGCUAUCUUUGUAGGCACUGUAUUGUAGUUCUCCAAAUGUCCGGUGUCUUUAGCAUACCAUUUAAGUACAUACUGCAACGAUGGACAAAUGCUGCCACAAGCAGAAUUCCCCUUAGUGAGAAAUUGGAGGAAGUGCAAGCUAAGGUCCGACGUUACAAUGACCUUUGUCGGCGAGCCAUAAUACUGGGGGAAGAGGGUUCAUUGUCAGAGGAGAGUUAUAACAAUGCAGUGGCUGCUAUAAAUGAAGCUCUCAAGCACUGUACUAUUGUAAAUCAACCUUCUAAUCAGAAUGGUCUGAGACCCCACGUUUCUGCACCUCUUGCCAUACUAGGUGUUGGAGGGGCGGACCAUAAUGUUGCCAUGACAUCUGGACAGCAGGUGCCUACUGCUAAAGUGAUCGAUACAAACAAAGGUUCAAAGAGAAUAAAUUCCGGGAAGGAGGCUGCAAGUAAUGGUGGGAUCACUGGUAAAAAGGGGAAGGUGCCUUUGGAGCCUCCAAUUACUAAUAUCGGGACUCAUGGCAUUUUUCAGCACAUGGAUAUGCCUGGUCCCCUGGAUUAUCCUGCUCUGUACCCAAGAUUCCUCACUACGUUGUUAAAAGGCGGUGAGAUGUCCAAGAGAGGCGUGGAGAUGCUGGGCGAGAUGUUGGAGGAACAAAGCUGAAGGUACAAAGGCCAUCUAGAAGAUUUUUGGAUAUUUCGACAACUUUUUUCCUGCUCAAAUCUAUGGAGUGCCGUAGCUCGUGGAUAGCUUCUCCUUUCAUUUCUGAGGAGAGGAAGAACUUAUUUUUGAAGGAAAUCAACUCCUGCUGAAGCGCUCCGUCUCGUCUCAGACUACAAAGACCAGCAGGCCAUUAUACUACCCCAUCUACCACCAUAUUGUUAGCAAUUAAUCUAUGCACGUGAUGUCUUUGUUCACUCUGGCAUGCCUCUGACUUUCACUGCAACGGAGCUCCGGCUAUGGAUGCUGAGACGACGUCCAUUCAGAAAUAACCAAGAUGUAAGUUCUGCUCGCUGCAACAACCACAAGGGAAGUGCUGCUCCCCAGUGAGUAGAACGAGUCGUCUGCUAGUAUGCAUCUCGUGUCCAAUGGGGGCCUCUCUGCUCUGUCGGAAAGCUCUGCUCGAUGUCGCUGUGGCCAGUUCAAAAUGUGGCUGCAGUGAACUGCUAAGGAGAGGUGGAAACUCACUUGCUCGGAUCAAUGGCAUGCUUGUAACUUAUGUACAAAGAGCCAUUACUCAAAGUUUCACAUUGAAUGGUUAAAUCCCAUUUCACUUUCUA